CGAAAGCCGUUCCGCCUCUUCCGAGCUGGAUCGUGGCCUGGGCGGCCGGAGGAAGGCUUCCCAAAGUGCGGUUCCUUCGCGGGUCAGGGCAGCCCCCGUCCGGCGCCAUGUCCCGCACCCUGCGCACCGCGCUCAUUUUCGGCGGUUUCAUCUCCCUGGUCUGCGCCGCUUUCUACCCCAUCUACUUCCGGCCCCUAAUGAGGCUGGAGGAGUACCAGAAGGAACAGGCCAUAAAUCGGGCUGGGAUUGUUCAAGAAGAUGUGCAGCCACCAGGCUUGAAGGUGUGGUCUGAUCCCUUCGGCAGGAAAUGAGAAGGCCGCAACCAGCUCCGACUGGAAGGAGGCAUGUGCAUGGUUUUGACUCCGCAUCGAUACAACAAACCACCUCACAUAGAGAGAUGGCUGGAGGAGAGAGCCAGUGCUGCUGGUAAGAGGCCUGGAAUAAAAGACUGUGCACAAGGACUGACGUUCCCUCCAGAAUCAAAAGAAUCCUGGAACAAAUCACACCACUAGGAAGGUUUCCGUGUCUUGGUUGACUUUGUCGCCUCUUGCAAGGCCCUUUGCAGGAGUUGAGCUCAUUACUCAGUCUUCAUCACUCGCUGAGCUGUGCUCUGAAUGCAAACAGCUGGUGGGCUUAAGGAGGUCCACGCCUGUUUUGCCCACAGAACUGCCUCCUGUGGCUCUUUGAAAAUGGUCAGGUUGAUGAAGCUCUCUGAGGACAGGGUACUUUGUGCUUGAAGAACACCCUGUUCAGCUCAGCCAUCUCUUGUUGAAGAGUACUCCGUGUUGGAAAAGAAAGAAAUUCAAAGCGAGUCAAACUAGACGAUGCGCAUGUGUCGAAGAAAUCAGUGUCAAUUAGCAGAAGUGAAAAUGUGCUUAUUAAAAUGAUUUAAUUUUACUUUGCAAUGGUGUAUUUCUUUUUCAUAACUCUCUUUUUGUAAACUAACUAAAUUAUAAUACCAAGAAGUACUGUUUGACUAGACUUUUGUGUAGUGUUCAUCUGUUUGUUUGCAUAUAAGUGAACAUUUUAAAGGUAAAUAGCACAUUUGUUGAGACAGAUAUUGAAUGCCAGUUCUCCACCAGGUACCUUCCCAGGUGCUGCAGGAAUGAAAGUGAGAAUGGAUUCUUUUUCCUUCUUCUUUCUCCCCCCCCCCUUUCUUUCCUUUUUUCCUUUACUUUUCCUGCCCUGUUGUCCUUGUGCCCUCAUAGUCCCUUAGGAGCUUGCAUGCUUCUGAAGAGAUGGCUUUUUUUUUAAUCUUUUAUCAGAGUACCUUGCAUAUUUCCAUAGGCUCUCUUUAGAGGAGAUGCUUGAUGAUGAUAAUUUUAUGAUUGUGAGCUCAGCAUUUUCUUAACAGACAACUGACCCAAUUAUGUAAUUACUGUCAAAAAGAAAUAGGAUUGAUAGUUCCAGAACCAGUCAUCAUUUUUGGUAAGCCUUCCCCAACAUUUAAUUGACUUACAGUUAACAACUCAAUAGAGGAAGUUGACUAAUUAGGGGGACAUUUGUUCUGUUUUCCUUGGAGGGGUCACCAAGGAGUUACAGAACUUAAAGCCAAACUUCUGCAGAUGCUUAAUUGAGAUUUUGUUGUGGCUGAGGCAAGUGCAUGGUACCAUCUGCUUUGAAAGAUGUCUAGGCAAAAAGACUGUGACUCCUGCAAAGGAGAACUGUGGGGCCUUGGCUGACUGUCUUCAAGGAGACAGACCUAGAUUGGUUUCCUGAGUGGGCUCUUUGUCCUGGGUCUGCCCCUGCCCUCAAUUCACCUCUUUGCAGAAAUAAAGGAGCUGUGUGUCCUGCCCAGUCAUUUUGAUGUUGGUGACAUAAUCACUCUUCUGCUGUCAGACAUGUAACUUCAGACUGCUGUCCACACUUGACAGAAGCUGAGUUGUAAGAGAUGCUAUUCACGAGGAUUGACUGAGGGCCUUGCCAGUCAUCCAUAAGUUCCCAGGUGUGCCCUGAGGAUAAUAAUAGAAGCACUUGAAAGGUGUCUUGGUUGAGAACAUUCAGGAAACAGAAUUAUAACAUUGGUUGGGUUGAUUGACUUCUAACUUGAUUUCCAGGAGAGGUGUAACAUUUCCCAAAUAUAUUGGAUUACAGACCAUUUUCCACUUUACCUUCUGGGACUUUUGACUGGCAAUGUCCUUUUGGGGAAAUCUUUCAUCAGACCAGUGGUUUUUCGGCUUUUUAGCCUUGAGACACUUUUGCAUUCUUAAAAUUUUUCAGGAACUCUAAAGUGAUUUGUUUAUGAUAUUUACUAUAUUUGAAAUUAAUUUUUAAAAAUUCUAUCAUUUACAAAAUAUCAGUAACCCAUUAGGGCAUAUUUUUGCUUGAAAUUUUUCUUAAGACAGAAUUUGCAAACCUCUGACAUUUGGUUAGUUCCCAUAUCUGCCUCUACACUGAUCUGUUGCAGUAUCACCAAGUGGCCGCUAGGAAACUGCUCUCUCAAGGGGAUGAGAAUGAAAAAGAUCUAAAGAUACCUUGUCAGUAUCAUAAAGAUGGUCCUGGCCAUGCAGGUGCUCUGAAAAGAUUUCAGAGGCUCCCAGAGGUCCCUGGACCAUACUUUGGAGUCCACAUUUCUCCAAUACCUUGAAUUUCAUAAAGAUGUUUUUGUAUCUUAGGGUUUUAGUAUGUCCAUUUUGAGGGAGGUUAUAAGAGGAGGGGAGAAACUGACAUUUCUUACUGUUAC